UGGCCAUGACUCAAUAACUCAAAGAUUUGGGAGGCUUGUCAAGAUUUGUUUUCAAUCAACAAACACAUUACAGAAAAUACACAGGCGAAAAACGAAAAGGAAUAGUUAUAAAUAUCAUCAUGUCUCGCGCACUCUUGAGUAUCAAUGGCAGGAUUCCCGGCGUCCACAUGAUGCGGCGAUCGCUGAUGUCCUCGGAGGUCGCUGAGGACCAGGAAUCCCUCGAGUUAUUGGAGCAAUGCAACCAAACGUGGCGCACCCAGUACGAUAAACCCUCGAUAGCUAUUCUAGGGAUCGGAAUCGAGUUUGCUCCACGGAAGGGGCGCCUUCUGAGCUCCUCACUGACCUCACAGGACGACGACACGGAGAACCAAGUCAUCGCACCGUACUUGACCCUUCGCUGCCGUAUCUGAUGUCUUUCGUUUGCAAGGGCAUUUCGAUGUGGAUACUAAUAUGGAUUGGAAUCGGACUGGACCCACGAGGGCCUCUUGACGGGUCUUUUAUAGGAUAUCAUUUAACUCACAUACAUAUGUACCUGGAAUAAAACUGCAUUUCAUUUGUUUUUGCUGAAACGAA